GUAUAGAACCGUACCAAAACAGGACUGUUCCAACUGAAGAAACUCCUAUUGAAAUAUCAAAGCUGUUGGACGGAAAAACAGAAUUAUUUAAAAUGAUUUCACAGGCAGGCAAAUUCCAAAUGUGA